AUGAAAAGAUUUGGUGUAUCAGCUUUCGAUUCUCCGUCUUUUGAUAACAAUAAUAAUAAUAAAACAUCAUCAAUAGAUAAGAAAUCAAUCGAAUUGGAUGAGCAACUUCAAAUAUUUCAAGGUAAAUUAGUUGAAUUCUCCAAGAAACAUAAUGCAGAGCUACAAAAGAAUCCGAAUUUUAGAUCAAAAUUCUUAUCAAUGUGUAGCAAAAUUGGUGUCGAUCCUUUAAAUCUUUAUGACAAAGAUACUCACCUAUUUAACGUGGAUGAUUUUUAUUACGAAAUUUGUUGUAAAAUUGUCAAAUUUACUAGGAUCUUAAAUAGUGGUAUCAUUUCAUUUAAAGAAUUAUUGAACAAAAUUCAAAUUGAAUCGCAAAAUACAAACAUUAAUUUGCAUGAUAUAGAAAAGGCAAUCAAUAUGCUUCUUACCCUAGAUAGUGGGUUCGAAAUAAUCACUUUAAAACAAAAUAAAAAGUUCUUGAAAUUUUUACCCAUUGAAUUGACUGUGGACCAGUUUAAAAUAUUAGAAAUUUGCUCUAUCCUUGGUUACGCAAGUAUAUCACUACUCAAAGCAAAUUUGAGUUGGAAAUCAAUGAGAUGUAAGGCAAUACUGAAUGAAAUGGUUGCUAAUGGUUUACUUUGGAUUGAUGACCAGGACUCUAAUGAAUUAUUGUAUUGGGAUCCUUCUUGGAUAACCAGGUCUAUCAAUUAG